AUGGAACUCUAUCUUAUUACUAUCGUGAUAUUAUUGUUCGGUUCUAUACUCGAGUGGCUGAAACCUAUCGACAAACAAUGGCAUCUCUUUCAAAGAAGACGAUGGAGACUACCUCCUGGUCCACGCGGGCUUCCUAUUAUUGGAAACAUGUCACAGCUCUUUCGCGCAAGGGAUAGUGGGCAGCUUGCUCCAUACCUACUUUCAUUACGAUCCUAUGGGGACAUGACCACUCUGCACAUGGGCUCUCAGCUAUGGGUUGUGCUAAACAGUCAGAAAGCCAUUGGUGAUAUCCAAGUCAAGCGCUCUAAAGCAACGGGCGAGAGACCAGACAUGCCCAUUGCAUCUGGUCUUGUAAGCAAGGGAAAACGUGCUGUGCUACGGAAGAGUACGCCUGCUUGGAACGAGGGCAGACGGUUGAUGCAUCACCUCCUCAGCGGAACAGCAUUGCGCAAAUACGCCGAGUUGGAAGAGCAAGAAAGUUGUCAAAUGCUCCUUCACUAUCUGUAUCAACCAGAAACAUGGUACUCGCACCAUUUCAAGUUUUCCACGGCAAUUAUGCAUCGAAUUGUCAUGGGGGAGCGAUUGAACAAGACUCAGGCGCAAUUAGACGAAUAUCAACGCAUCACUAAUGAAUUCCUUUUCAGUCUGUUCCGGAGUCCAUUAGAUUUCUUCCCAAAAUUGGCUAAUACGGUCUUCAUACCUCGCGCUUUUCAAUUUUGGCUCCGGUUUUGGGAAGAAAUGGGAGACUCGCACACAAAAGUUUUCGAAGCAUGGUGGAAACCGGUCCAGAAGGCCGUUGCCGAUGGCACUGCUCAUGCGUCUUUUGUCCGAGAUGUGCUUCUAGGACCAGCCACAGGGUAUAAAGGAACUGACGAAGAUGCUAUGUAUCUGGCAACAUCAGUAAUGGCUGCCGGCGGCGAUAACACGAGAAUGACGUUGAAUGUGUUUAUCAUGGCGGCUAUCUGCCACCCAGAAAUUGUGCUCCGAGCGCGUAGCGAGCUGUACUCCAUUUGUAGCAGCAGCACAAUGAGGUUACCCCUGGUAGCUGACAUGGAAUCGAUGCCAUAUCUGGCUGCUUUAGUCAAAGAGACCUUGCGCUGGAGACCGACAGUACCACUAGUGCCACCUCACGAGCUGACAGAGGAGCAGCUUGAAUACGCGGGUUAUAUCUUCCCGAAGGGCACUAACUUUCUUAUCAACACCGUUGCCGUUUCACGAGAGUGCAAAGAUCCAGAGCAUUUCAUGCCAGAGAGAUGGAUGGACGAGUCGAGAAAUGAACUGAACAUCCUCCAUGGUUUCUGGGGGUUUGGUGCUGGCCGUCGAAUCUGCGUGGGUUACAAGAUAGCGCAGCAGAUUCUCUUCUUGUCAAUUUCUCAAUUAAUAUUUUGCUUUGAUUUUGUGCCGAAUGGACCAUAUGAUAGCAGAAAGUUGAAUCCGUGGAGCGUGACAGAACCUUUCCCAGUAAAAGUGACUUUGAGAAGCAAUUUACAUGGAGAGUUGAUUACAAGAACGGCAUCCUCAUACGGUAUGGAGUAG